AUGACCGUUCCUCAGUUCGCCGGCAUGUCCGGCAAGAAGUUGUCAUGGUCCAUCUCGACCAUUGCAACUUUGGGCUUUCUUCUCUUUGGUUAUGACCAGGGUGUCAUGAGCGGUAUCAUUAGCGCAAAGCCUUUCAACUCCGUCUUCACUGCCACAGAUGGCAACUCUACCAUGCAAGGUACCGUGACUGCCUUGUAUGAAAUUGGCUGUCUCUUUGGCGCCAUGUUCAUUCUCUGGUUUGGCGAUUGGCUGGGCCGUCGCAAAUCCGUCAUGUUGGGCGCCACCAUCAUGAUUCUGGGUGUCGUGAUCCAGGUUACCUCAUACCCCGGCCAUGUUCCCCUUGCGCAGUUCAUCGUCGGACGUAUCGUCACUGGUGUCGGUAAUGGAAUCAACACCUCGACCAUCCCCACGUACCAGGCUGAGUGCUCCCGCACCACCAACCGUGGUCUGUUGAUCUGUAUCGAGGGUGGUGUGAUCGCCUUCGGUACUCUGAUCGCGUACUGGAUCGAUUUCGGUGCCUCAUAUGGCCCGGAUGACUUGACAUGGCGUUUCCCCAUUGCCUUCCAAAUUGUCUUCGGUCUUGGAAUCAUUGCCGGAAUGGCCUUCCUCCCCGAAUCUCCGCGUUGGCUCUUCAUGCGAGAGCGCUACCAGGAGGGCGAGGCGGUUAUUGCAGCUUUGAUGGAUGAAGAGACCAAUUCCCAUGGCGUGCAGUUGCAAAAGACCUUGGUCUUGGACUCAAUUCGCGCAUCCGGGCAAAUGGGUAAAUCGACUCCCCUGUCUGCUGUCUUCACCGGAGGCAAGACCCAACAUUUCCGUCGUAUGAUGCUUGGUGCCUCCUCGCAGCUCAUGCAGCAGAUUGGUGGGUGCAAUGCUGUCAUCUACUACUUCCCCAUUCUCUUUGAGAAAUCCAUUGGUCAAACACAUACCUUGUCUUUGCUCUUGGGUGGUGUUAACAUGAUUGUUUAUUCCAUCUUUGCCACCAUGUCCUGGUUCCUGAUUGAGCGUGUCGGACGACGGAAGCUUUUCCUCUACGGAACUGUUGGUCAGUGCUUGUCUAUGGUCCUCACUUUUGCUUGUUUGAUUCCUGGUACUCCCAGCGCUGCCAAGGGUGCUGCCGUCGGUCUGUUCACGUACAUUGCCAGCUUUGGUGCUACGUGGCUCCCCUUACCCUGGCUGUACCCUGCUGAGAUCUCGCCCAUCAAGACCCGUGCCAAGGCCAACGCACUCUCAACUUGCACCAACUGGUUGUUCAACUUUUUGAUUGUCAUGGUUACCCCGGUUAUGAUUUCGAACAUUGGCUGGGGCACUUAUCUCUUUUUCGCGAUCGUGAACGCCUGCUUCUUGCCAAUUAUCUACUUCUGGUACCCCGAAACUGCACGACGAUCUCUUGAAGAGAUUGAUCUCAUCUUUGCCAAGGGUUACACCGAGAAGAUCGGCUAUGUCCGGGCCGCUCGAGAGCUACCAUACCUUACUGACGAGGAGAUUGAGCGUAUGGCUAUUCAGUAUGGCUUCGGUCCUGCUGAAACCACGGAGUCUCAGGAGAAAGUUUCGGCGCAUAGCGAUGAAUUUGUCGCGGCUGCCGCUACCCCGCCAGCAGGUGAAGAGCAUGUUUCAAAGAUUGCUUAA